UCAGUUGAUAAAGAAGUGCCAUAUUUUCGCUCCGAAGAAGAAUUUUCCCCUAAUGCACCGCGAUACGCACCUUUACAGAUAAUACUUGAUUCGCUAGCAAUCCGCUCAACACAAGUAGUAGAUACGUACCUUUCAUCAUCUGCAUGUACCACAAAUAAUGAAACUUUUCAUAAAUUUGCAGAUAGAUCAAUAUUCUAUAAUUCUUUAUCAGCCGGUUUAUCCUCAACAGUUUUAAAUCACGCUUCAAAGACAAAUUUGGAUACAAAUGAUGAUGCUGUAAGAGCAUUAAUAUAUUUAUGUAUUGCAUCCGAUGGGGUAAAAAAUUCAAUGACUGAAACAACGAAAGAAUUUGCCAAGGCUUUAAUGCAAAAAUUGAUUUCGAAUAUCCAUGAUUCAACUUUAGCAGCUAUUAACAAGCGU